AUGAAGAAAGAAGUCGGCAGAAUGAUCAGCGCCAUCGGAACGCAGAGGAAGAAGAAAGAGAAGGAAGAGGACGAAAAGGCACCACGAGUUGCAUCGAAAGGGAUCCAAAAGAACUUGGACUUCAACUUCAAGCUCAAGAGCCUGGCGAGAGCGGCUGAGGAGGAGACGUUGGAAGAAGGAGUGAAAGAAGUGCUCGAGAUGAUAAAGGUCAGAAACGCGGAACAAGGAGACGUCUCUUCUUCUACUGUCCCAGAUCAAUUCGAUCAAGGCCGGAAGCUCAUCUGAAGGCAAGAGGCGGAAGAUGGAACCGGACUUCGAACGCGGACUGUGGUUUCCAUACGGGAGUGCCGCCAGAGGCCAUGGUGGUACCCGUCAAAACAGAGGCCGGGGAGCUGCGAGAGCAGGAGAGCAGAAGACAACGAUCAAAUGUUUUCGGUGCAACGGAUUCGGGCACCACGCGUCCGAGUGUGAGCAAAGAAGGUGAGGGAUUCCCAGACAGAUUAGCGAGCUCCAUGGAUUUCUGGGAAAGGAAUUGUAGGACAGACUGGAUCUUGAGCGUAGUUGAACACGGGUUUAGGAUUCAGUUCGAUAGGAGUACGGUCCUACCGGAGCCCCAGGGCAUGAGACCUCUUGAGUUGCGUGCCAGCACUAAAAGUUUGGGAUGCAGCAUGAAUUAUCGUAAAAGAAGUAUUCAGAAACGAACGAAGGCCAAGCGCAGCGCGGUGGAUAGCUCAAGAGCCACACUAGUUCCAAAGAGAGCUCUAUCUCGAUGCAUUAUUUGCGGAGACGUAAUAUUACCGUCAUAUCUCCCGAAUAUAAACGUUUUUUAGGUUGAUCCCGAGAUUCCCUCGGACGCAGACCCUUUAGAAUACGAAAGUCGAGUCACGGAUUGGACGCGAUGCGCUCUGUGCAAGCAGCAGGCUCAUUCUUCGUGCGUAGGAAGAGAAGCGAUGUGUCCUUGCUCGAAAAAUGCUCAAUUCGAGCUUUACCCGCAGAAUUUUGAGGAUGAGCGCGAUUCGGACGAAAGUGAAGCUCUUUCCGACGAAUGA